AUGGUAACGUUGGAAGAGUUGGAGUCAAAUCAGCAGGGUGACGAUGGUAUUGACAUGGAGAUACUACAGUCGUCAACUUCGGACAUAAUAAAUCGAACCAAGUUGUUGGACAAUGACAUCAAAGUAAUGAGAUCGGAGUCUCAAAGGCUAACACACGAAAAGACGAUGAUGUUGGAAAGGAUAAAGGAUAACCAGGACAAGAUCAACAACAACAAGCAAUUGCCCUAUUUGGUCGGCAAUGUCGUCGAGUUGUUGAACCUCGAUGUCGACAAGGAGGCCAGCGAACAAGGGGCCAACAUUGACAUUGACGCUGCGCGGUCGGGGAAAUCUGCAGUCAUCAAGACCUCUACUAGACAAACGAUAUUCUUGCCCAUGAUUGGCUUAGUCGAUCACGACAAAUUGAAGCCUAAUGACCUAAUUGGGGUCAACAAGGACUCGUAUUUGAUUUUGGACACGUUGCCCUCUGAGUAUGACUCAAGAGUGAAAGCCAUGGAGUUGGACGAGAAGCCUACUGAAAACUAUUCAAACAUCGGUGGGUUAGAUAACCAGAUUGAAGAGCUAAUAGAAGCAGUUGUUUUACCGAUGAAACAAGCCGAGAAAUUCAAAAAGUUGGGAAUCAAACCACCAAAAGGUGCGUUAAUGUAUGGUCCUCCAGGUACCGGAAAGACGCUUUUAGCCAGGGCCUGUGCUGCGCAAUCGGGGGCAACGUUUUUGAAACUAGCAGCUCCACAGUUGGUGCAGAUGUUUAUCGGCGAUGGUGCCAAGUUGGUGCGAGAUGCUUUUGCAUUGGCCAAGGAAAAAGCUCCCACCAUUAUCUUUAUUGAUGAAUUGGAUGCUAUAGGUACAAAGCGAUUUGAUUCCGACAAGAGUGGUGACCGAGAAGUCCAGAGAACCAUGUUGGAGUUGUUGAAUCAGUUGGAUGGCUUUGGAUCCGAUGAUCGAGUCAAAGUCUUGGCAGCCACAAAUAGAGUGGAUACCUUGGACCCGGCCCUUUUAAGAUCUGGUAGAUUGGAUAGGAAAAUCGAGUUCCCCCUACCUUCCGAAGAAGCUAGAGAGUCGGUGUUGAAGAUCCACGCGAGAAAAUUACAUUGUGAUAAUAACUCGAUCAACUGGAGGGAAUUGGCCAGGUCCACGGAUGAGUUUAAUGGAGCACAAUUGAAGGCAGUCACUGUGGAAGCCGGUAUGAUUGCCUUGAGAAACGGGAAAUCUAUUAUUAGACAUGAGGAUUUUGUUGAGGCGAUUGGCGAAGUGCAAGCCAGAAAAUCAAAGUCGGUGAAUUUCUACGCAUAG